AUGAUGAAUGGGCAAGAGGACCAAGACUUGAACUUGGAAGACUUCUAUACGACGCUUGACCGAAUCAAGAGCAAGGCCGAGAUAGUGGCCACCAUCUUAAAAGGGCUUCAGUUUCCUUGCAAAUGGCAAAUUCUGAUGGGUCAAUUUUCUGCGUUGUCCAAGCAAUAUAGAAUGCUAAAUGAGGAAUUUACGGGUCUGAUGGAAGAAUGUCGCUUCAUCUAUCCGAGCUCGCUUGAAGGUCUGCAGAAUCCCCAUAUAGUUCCGGAGAUAUUGAGAACUCGGAUGGAACCCGAGUUUGAGAACGAUCAUCGAAAUUUGGCGGAAGAGUGGAAGAAAAAAUACGGAGAAAACCAGAUCUCGAUCAGCGAAGUCGAGGAACAAAUAGAUGCGUACGAGCGUAUGUGUGGAAAUUUAUUGGACAUAUUGGCGAACUUGGUUGAGACAGAAAAAUCCUCGAGGCCGGAUAGUAAAUCAGCGAGGUCGGCUGAUAUCAAGCCGCAGUUGAGAAGAUUUUUGACUUCUAUUGAGAAGGGCUCGGAAUUGUGCUUGACAGACAAGACGGAAACUCUGGGCACCACUAACUCGAUAAUUGGUAUGCCGACUGUCGGACCGUCGAUCAGUCCACAUACGCUGGCAUACUCAAGCCAUACACAAGGCCAUGAGGCACUGGUGGCAGGGGCAGUCACAGCAGAAUACCCACAGUCAAUGAACCUCCAGGCUCAAGCGAAGCAGCCAAUGUUCUCGAAACCCCAAGUGGCCAUUCCGCAUCAACAGCACAUUUCAUUUACGAUGAAUCAAAAUCAGCAACCCAAACAUGGGGUAUUUGCUCAGACGCAGGUAGGGGGACAUAGUACCGUACAAACAGCCACAAAAAUUCAGUUAAAUAACAGCCAACUUCAGUCUGCAGCAAUCAAUCAUGGUUUUCCUGACUCAGCGUCAAUGAUUUACUUAUCACAGCCCAACGUGACGGGUCAAAGAGGUCAGUAUCCAAUCAACCUGACAUCGCAACAGUCAAGUCGUCCUCUUGUAUCUUCGAACAACGGUCACGGCAACGCUAACAUAACACAAAGUCCCACUUCCACAUCCACUCCGGUGCAUCAUCAUUACUACUCUCAUAACACCAUGUCUCCCGCACAGCUUAAUUCGUUGCAACACGGCAAUAUGUCGGCUUCUCACAUGAAUUCUCAGAGCGGCACAUUCCAAUUGCCUUCUCAAAACAUGUCAAAUAAUCCAUCUCUUCCUCCAGGACAAACUUACCACAGAACCAACCAGCCAAAUCAAAGAUAA